AAUUGCAUGCUAGCUAUCGCUAGCAGCAGGACAGAGCGGACCAAGAAGAACCAUGGCGUCUCUGGUAAAGCCAAAAAUUUUCAACAAAUUACCGGCUUAUAUGGCAGCAAUUUCUAGAACAGGUCUAUUAAGGUGUAGAUUUACUAUGAUGAACCCUAAUUUGUUGUCUUCCAAGCGAACACUCCUUUCUGAUGCCUACCAUGCUGAUGAUAUUUGGAUCAAUAGAGAGAGGAUUGUCGUUGACAUGGAUGAAAUGAAGAUCAACCUUGACAGAUCAUUUUAUGAUCUGAAAGAACCUGUCAUGUCUGUUGAACUUCAUAAGUACAUUGACAAUGUGUAUGACAAGGAAGAGCUAGAUGUUUCUGAAGGUUACUUGUAUUGUUACAGACAUUCACCUGUAGCCCAUCAUCUGAGACCAUCAACAGUCCAUUCAUGGCUAAGGCUAUGCAUAGAAUUAGACUAUCCAAAAGAUGCUCUUAAAGUCCUCCAGAAUAAGAGAGACUAUGGACUGUUUCCUGAGAACUACACAUACAACCUUCUUCUAGAUACAUUCUUGAGAGCAAAUGACAUCAAAGGUGCAUGUGAUGUUGCCAUGGUAAUGAUGAAAGAAGAAACAUUAGACAACUGUCCUUUGUCGCAGCUCCUUUCACUCUAUGCCUGUCAUAAAUACUUGAACAUAGGAGAUAUUCCUGAGGAUGAACAGUGGGACAUUGGAAUGACCAUCGCCGAUGCCAGUCGUGGAGUAGGAGGCAGCCUCUCACUCAGCUAUCACGCUAUAGGUUGUGCUAUGACCGGUGAUGUGAACAAGGCCACUAGAUGUCUGCAGAAUGUGGCUGAGACAGAUGGACCAAAGAUUGCACAAGAAGCGCUUGACCGUAUAGCUGCAAUCCUACAACAGAGGGAAGAUGAGAAUACAGAGCUCUUAGGUUUAUUUGAGACCACCACCAAGACACUCUCCAACCAAGGCAAAGUGACGGCAGACACUCUAGACUCGCUCCUGGAAUCAGAGGUCUCCGACCGGCUCCCCGACCUGGAGCGCAAAGACACUGGAGAAUACACGUCCAUCCUCGAGACAUGGCAUGCAGAACACAUGGAGGCCCUCGAGAAAAAGAGGAUAGCAGAGCUUGAAGCAGAGAGGGAGGCCAAGGAGAAACGUCUGGAUGAACUGCUGAGGGCCACAGGAGGCAUCACAUACUGGGCGGAGAAGAUUGAGGAAGCCAAGCAAAGGAAAGCGGCUGCUGAAGGGAAAGCAGAAAUUGAGCAUAGGUAGCAGAUGAACUGGAUGAGUGAUUGCCACUAGACUGUCAUAGAAUGAAGAAUUAUAGAUGGCUUCAAUAAAUGUCUGUUAUUGUGGAUAAACCAUUUGUUAUGCAAUGGAUCAUGCAUGACUUCGCAAGAUAAAUUAUACCUUAUUUGCAAGAAAAAGCCGGGACAAGUUGUCUGAGACAAUGGAUGAUUACGAGUUGCACUAAGGAUUAAUUCAAAUAAUUGUUACUUAAUGCCAGCCUUUUCAGUACCUACGUAGUCCAAAUUUAACAAGUAGAGAAAAAUCGGACUAGAAUAACAGUGAAUACAAAAGUCAUUAGGUUGGCUUAAAGCAAUAUGUUUUUUAGUGUACCUGUUGCAUGAUGAUGUUACUGAUGCCUUUAAGUUGAAAAACUUUGAUGCUACCAGUAUGGAUAUGGGGGCUACCUGACUAACCUCUGUUUCACCUGGUUGUAACGUGGGUGUAACCUUUGUGCACAAUUGUAUAACAUGGUGCAAUUGGGCAUUACCUGUUGAUUUCGGUUUGUAUUUGGAUGCACCCAUAUGUGAACUGGAUGAACAUAAAUGUUAUCUGGUGCAUUGGGCAUUAUCUUGGUGCACCUUGAUUGGUAUUCUUGUAGCACCCAGAUAUAACUUGAUUGUACCUGGGUGCUACCUGAUGCAUAUAGGUGUUAUUCUUGGUACACCUGGAUGUUACCUGGUGAGUUAGGUAUUAAAUGGGUGCAUCUUGGACGGUAUUCUUGGUGCACCUUGAUUGAUAUUCUUGGUGCACCCAGAUAUAACUUGGAUGUACCUGGGUGCUACCUGAUGCAUAUAGGUGUUAUUCUGGGUACACCUGAUGUUACCUGGUGUGUUGGGUAUUAUCUGGGUGCACAUUGGUCGGUAUUCUUGGUGCACCUUGAUUGGUAUUCUUGGUGCACCCAGAUAUAACUUAGAUGUACAUGGGUGCUACCUGAUGCAUAUAGGUGUUAUUCUGGGUACACUUUGGAUCUUACCUGGUGCAUUGGGUGCACCUUGGUUAGUAUUAUCUUACAACUUGCAUUUCAUAUUUUCAUUUCAGUUUCUACCCAUACAUCAAUUGCAUUUGCCUACAAGUAUCUUCUGGUGCAAAAAUAAAACCAAAGAAAAAUCUUUCAGCUCCAAGAUGUAUGUUCCAGAGAUAGAUAAGAUAAUGAGAAUGCUCCAUGCAUGUGUUGAGUCAGCAACAGACUUGCUUGGCAUAUCUGUUCUCAAUAUAGAGGAUGCUCAGAGAGUCAGAGACCAAAUAAAUGUUUCUGCAACUACUUAAAAAUAUUUCUGCUUGAAAUUUCAUCUUUAGUUGCAAUAAUAAGUCAAUUUGAUUGAUGAUCUGAGCACAGGAAUUUCAUUUGCAAUAUCCUCUCUUGGGUAUCAAAAAUAUAAGUGUGAAAUAUAUUGUGCAUUAUUGCAUUUAAAAUAUACUUCACUCUACGUAAUACAUAGGGAGCGCUCUUAUUGGUUGAAGUCUUUGGAUGCUAGUUCUAACAAGAUAUCUGAUUGGAUAUUGUUUAAAGUGGGUUUGGCUUGGCUGACUUGUCACACAAGUUGUAGUGAUUCUCAAAUAUUGGUUUGUAAGCAUUUAAGAAGUAUUCGGCAUACCUGUACCACCGAAAUCCCCCCAUUUGACAUUCUUUAGAUAAAUCUAAUGUAAAAUCCUCCACCUCCCCCUGUUGACAUGAAUGUUAAUCAUGCAGAGGCAACUUGUCCUUAUGUGUCCAGCAGAUUUCUAAAAAAUAUAUCAGUUUGGUCCAUGAUUAAUAAAUGACCAAAAUCACAAAAUGUCACAUUUUCUUUUGAUUUCUGUUUUAAAUACCUGUCCAUGUAUGUGAUGAAUUGAGAUGAAAUGU